UGUAUUUAAAAGAUGGAAAAAUACCUAUGAUGACACCAUCUUUUUUAUUAACUAAAUAUCAAGAACUGUGCAGGGUUAAGAUUUGACCCCCUGCAAGCUGCCAGGUUAGCAUGAGGUAGUCUGUGGAUGCUGCCAGAAGACAGGACACUCCCCCAGGAUCAGAGACAAAGGACUUCCUGCCGGCACAGCAGGCAGCCUUGGGUUCAUGUUCUUGUUGGUUCCUGAGCUCUUUUCCUAUUGCUGUUGUAACAAAGGACCACAGACUCAGUGGCUUAAAGUAACACACAUCCAUUGUCUCACUGUUCUAGGGUGCAGAAAUGCAAAGUCAAUGUCAGUGGGCUAAAACCAACGUGUGGCCAAGGCUACGUUCCACACUGAGGCUCUUGGGAGGGAUUCAUCUUACUACAUUUCCCAGCCUGCAGAGGUGCUCACACUCCUUGGCCCAGGGCCCUGUGUCACUGUGACUUCUGCUGUCACAUCACAUCUCUGUCUCUGACCAAUCUGCCUCUCUCUUCUAAGGACCUCCGUGAUGAUGUUUGCUUUCCCACAGUGAUCUGCCAUCCCAAGGUCCUUGACAGUCACACCUGCAGAGUCCCUUUUGCCAUGCACAGUGACAUUCCUAGGUUCUAGGGAUCAGACCGUGGACAUAUUGGGGGCCAUUAUUCUACCGAGUUCUUCCCUUUGGCCCCACUGGUUCUUGUCCAUCCCACAUGCAAAAUGCAUCCACCUCAUCCCAACACCCUCCAGAGUCUCAUUUACUACACCAUCAACUCAAAGUCGAACAUGUAGUCUAACUAUUAUCAGCUCAAAAGCCUAAAUAUUUUCAUCCUCAUCACCUAAGUCAGGCAUGAUUGAGACCCUGGGUGUGAUCUUCUCUGCUCAAAAUCCUGCAAUGGCUUCUCAUUUCACUCAGUGAAGAAGCGAGAGUCCUUAUGGUGACCUUACAGCUUUCCUCCCCCUCCCCAAGCUGAGCUUAUCUCCGGUUUUCUCCCUGGCUCACUCCGUUCCAGCCACACUGGCCUCCCUGCUGGCCCUUGGGGACAUCAGACAUGCACCCACAGGCCUGUUGCCCUGGCCGGUCUCUGUCCAACUCAUAUGCUGAAGUCCUAACCCCCAGGACUACAGAACAUGACCCCAUUUGGAAAUAGGGUUGUUGCAGUUGUCAUUGGUUAAGAAGAGUUCAUUAGGGUGGGCCCUAAUCCAGUAUGACUUGUGUCCAGAUAAAAAGGGGCAAUGUGGACACAGAGACACGUGUACAUGGAGAUGACAUGAUGAGAUGUGGAGAGAAGACGGUCGUCUCCAAGCCAAGGAGAGAGGCCUGGACCAGCGUCUCCCUCCCAGCCCUCAGGAGGAACCAGCCCUGCUGACACCCUGCCUGCAGACUCCCCGCACCCAGGGCUGUGAGACAGUGAGCCUCUGUGGUUCACGUCACCCAGUGUGCGGUGCUGUGUUAGAGGGAGCUCAGCAACUAGCACCCCCUUCUCAAGGUCCUCAGUGAGCCCAGCUCUGGCCAUCUCAUUUUAACCUGGAAACUGCCUUCCCCUUGUCUCUGCCCCAGAAACCCCCUCUCCCUGAUCAUAUUAUUUCUAUCACCUUCUAGAAUACUAUAUAUUUCACAUGACUGUCACGACUGUAGUUUAUGUUCUGCUCCUCCUCAGUCCUAUAGGGACAAGGAUCCUUAUUUUUUCACUGACGGACCUCAGGUGGCUUGACCAGUACCCGUGGCACAGCAGUCAAUACAAAUUGGCCGGAUGGAAGGAGGGAUCGUUCCUUACAUUCACAGAUCCCUCCCUUCUCUGUGCACCUCCUGUCCAUCUGUCUCCCUCCACUUUUCCCCUCCUCCCCUCCUCCUCCCAUCUUCUCCCUCCCUCACUUCCCCAGCUUCUCUCACAGAACCCAGAGGCUCGCUGGCCCUCCUGCGCAUGCGCAGUCAGUGCCAGCUGGACCGCGGGUUGGAAGCUACAGCUCCGAGCCGGGGAUCGGCCCCAAAGUCUUCUCAGCUCUGUCGCCCGAAGAGAAAAGUAACCUCAGUGAAGCCAAGUGAAUCUCUGAUGGUCAGAAAGGGUGAUAGUCAGCGCUGGAGUGAUCCAGUGGACUUGCUGCUUGCAGCCAGAAUUCUCCACCACCUACAGCUACGGUGGCCGAGCAGACACGCACAGACGUGGCCUUCAAUCUACGAGGACUGCAGGCUGGUGAAGAGGAUCGAGGACUUCACUGAGUCACUCUUCAUCAUGCUCAAGUCCAAGUGGCUGGAUAGGGCCCCCAAGAAGUCUGGGGACAAGAUCCACCUCCUCUGCACCUUGUUUGAGAAGGAGGACUUCAUGGGACUGGACACAGUCAGCAGCUUGCAGGUGCCCUCACCUCCAGUGGCAUCCAUCCAGACACCAGCACUGACACUGGCCGUGCUCAGAACUGCCUCAGCCCUGAAGACACAACUGACAAAUAGAAGGGGGCCAUGCCCUGUUACAGCAGGUGCUCUCACUUUGUGGGUCCUUCUGUAACUGCGCGUUGUUAUUCAGGAUCGCCCGUUCUACAUUUUGUGAUGCUGCUGCGGUGUCUCCUAGUUAUUUGUUUCUGAUCUGAGAAGCAGGAGCAAGGAACGCAGGGAGAGAUCCAGGAAGACAUCUGACUGUGUUAAGAGACGACAGUCACAGCGACACGGGGAGUGAAGAUACUUGCAGCAAAGUAAAAUAACUUCACAACUAUUGCAUCAGAGCUGCCGGUGUGAGAGAGCCUAAGCCUGUCUCAGAGUGCAGGGGACAAGCGGAAAGGAAUGGCAAAAUUAACACUGACAAUUGAAAUUUUGUUAAAUAGCCUUCUACUUUUAAUUGUAGCACUUGAUUGUAUGUAGGUGUAUUUCUGUGAGCAUUUAUAGGUUCACACAACCCCACCAGCCCCUCUUGCCCCCAUCGGGGAUGGGCUUUCUCAAGCACAGUGCCCCUCCUGCUUGGGUGGGCCACGCUGCUGGUCCUCGCCUGGGGCCGGGCUGCUGCAGGGCACUGAGUCCCCGAGGCACGGCCUGCGAGAUGUGACACUAACAUCUCUGCUCUUGACUGGGGGCCUCCUUUCCCCCUGCAGUGUAAGAAUGCCGGUGACUCAGAAGCAUGCUUCAAAGCUGUCCGUGUCCUUGCCAUCCAGAA